AUGUGGCCUGAGCUUGGAGCUCUGCAUCAGCCACGUUUGGAUGUCGGAGCGCCACCCCCACAGCCAGCAGGGGUGCUGGACAAGGCCCAGAACCUGAGGCUCAGGAAGGUGCCUUAUCUUAUCGCAACCCUGCAAGCUGAGAGCCCUUUCGAAUCCGUCCAGAGCGAAUACAACGAAAAUCAGAAACAUCUUGCCCUUCACGAUCGGAUAAUCAGGAAUUACCUGUCCAUCAUGGAGCCUCGCGCCCGCGCCGCCAAAAAUGUUGGCAAAAUGAACUUCAGCCACAACGAGCUGGCUCAACUACUAUACGCCCACGGCGACGUAAGGAAUCCGCUCCCCGAAACGAUUCGCGUGCUCGACGAGAUCGUAACCGAGUUCAUCCAAGGCAUGGCCUUCGAGGCGACGCGCGCAGCCAACUACGCGGGAAGGCAGAAGGUCAAAUACGAGGACUUUGAAUUCGCGUUCCGCAAGAACGACGCCUUUCUCGGAAAGGUCCAGGAGGUCUUUGAGAAGAAGGGCGAGAUCGAGUCGGCCAAGAAGAUUUUCACAAAGGACGACGAGGCGGUGCUCAUGAAGGACGCCGCGGACCAGGAGCACGGCAAGAAGGAUAAGGCUGCCAACGGUACGGGCGAGGCUUCGAGUGCGGCGGACGCGGCGGUGAAGCAAGAGGAGGAGCUGGGCGAGGCCGACGACGACGCUGAUGCCGAAAGUGAGGUCGCGGGACGACCGUCGAAAAGGGUCAGAUUGGACGGGGACGGGAAGUGA